AUGCCGGGGCUUCAAUCGAAAUGGGCUGCGGCAGCCGAGGAGCCAGAAAUCAAGCAAGCGACUCCAGAAACCAAGAAAUCAUCGCCAAAACCUGCCACAUCCGUUUUAUCAAAAUGGGCAUCUGCAGAGCCUGAAGAACCCAAGAAAGAGCUCAAACCAAAGCUGAAGAAGAGAAACGAAGCACAAGUUCCCACGCCGCCACAGAGCUCUGAAACGGGUGAAAUGCUGGAUUUGGCAAAAUCCUUUGGUGACAGACUCGGCGUCAAGGAUGAACCGAAAAGGAGAUCGAAAAGAAACAGAAACAGGGAUACUCAUCGUGAUGCUCCUAGACAACAGAGAGGUGCUCAAAACUCCAGGAAUCACGAGGAACGUGAGGAUCACGAAGGCCAGCAGGAGGAACACUGGGAAGACGUUUCGGACGAAGAAGAAGAGGAUUUGUUUGAGGAUAAGCUCUAUGAAAAAGGACCCAUGACAGAUGCUGCCAAGUCUCUAGCGAUGAGAAUAGGAGCUCCUGCCGAGGAACCAAAGGCGGAAAAGACGCCCAAGGGCCCUAGAGAGUCGAAACACAAAGAUCACAAGGAGCAGAAGUCCAGACCUAAGGAGCCAAAACCAGCCAAGGAGUCUCAAGAACCAAAGGGCAAGUAUAUGACGCCCAAGCAGAAGAAGCUUUUGGAGGAGAAACAGAAACAGGAGAAGCUCAAGGCCGAGCAGGCAGAGAAGGAGCGCAAGAUCAAGGAGGAGGUGAGGCAGAUGUUUGAGCUGAUGGAGGACAAGUCGACCAACUGGGCUGACAUUGAUGAGUAG